CUACAUAAGAACUAAUAUAUCAAAAUAUAUCUCUCUCUCUAUUUUCUCUGUUUCUCUCUCCUCUCUCUCUCUCAUGGCGACGGCGGUGGUGGCCGAGCCUCGGAAGCUCCCUCGGCCGGGUCGCGGCGGCGUCAUUUCGCAGGGACUCAGCGAAGAAGAAGCCCGUGUCAAAGCCAUAGCAGAGAUCGUCAACAACAUGGUGGACCUUUCACGCAGAGGCGAGAACGUCGACCUCAACGCCCUCAAAUCCGCCGCGUGCCGCAAGUACGGCCUGGCUCGCGCUCCCAAGCUUGUUGAGAUGAUUGCGGCUCUGCCGGAGUCAGAACGUGAUGCCCUGCUCCCCAAACUCCGAGCCAAGCCGGUCCGAACCGCCUCCGGCAUCGCCGUCGUGGCCGUCAUGUCGAAGCCCCACCGGUGUCCACACAUCGCCACCACCGGUAACAUAUGCGUGUACUGUCCUGGUGGUCCUGAUUCGGAUUUCGAGUACAGUACGCAGUCCUACACUGGAUACGAGCCCACCAGUAUGCGCGCAAUUCGUGCCAGAUAUAACCCGUAUGUCCAGGCCAGAAGCAGGAUAGAUCAGCUGAAGCGAUUGGGUCAUAGUGUAGAUAAGGUUGAAUUCAUCCUGAUGGGCGGUACUUUCAUGUCACUGCCAUCAGAAUAUCGUGAUUACUUUAUAAGGAACCUUCAUGAUGCUUUGUCAGGGCACACUUCUGCCAAUGUUGAAGAGGCAGUUUCCUACUCUGAGCACGGUGCAACAAAGUGCAUUGGGAUGACUAUUGAAACGAGGCCAGAUUAUUGUCUUGGACCUCAUUUGAGGCAGAUGCUUACUUAUGGUUGUACACGACUGGAGAUUGGAGUUCAAAGCACAUAUGAGGAUGUUGCCCGUGACACUAAUAGAGGACAUACAGUAGCUGCUGUGGCUGACUGCUUUUGCUUGGCAAAGGAUGCUGGUUUUAAGGUUGUUGCUCAUAUGAUGCCUGAUCUUCCAAAUGUUGGGGUUGAAAGGGACUUGGAAAGUUUUAAGGAGUUCUUUGAAAGUCCUUCAUUCAGAGCUGAUGGGCUUAAGAUCUAUCCCACUCUUGUAAUUCGUGGAACGGGGCUUUAUGAGCUCUGGAAAACUGGCAGAUACAGAAAUUACCCACCUGAGCAGCUUGUGGACAUUGUAGCCAGGAUUCUAGCCAUGGUACCCCCUUGGACACGUGUUUAUAGAGUUCAGCGAGAUAUUCCCAUGCCUCUAGUUACUUCUGGGGUUGAAAAAGGGAACCUUCGCGAGCUUGCUUUAGCUCGGAUGGAUGACUUGGGCUUGAAGUGUCGUGAUGUUCGAACACGUGAAGCUGGAAUCCAGGACAUUCACCACAAAAUAAAGCCAGAAGAAGUUGAGUUAGUCCGGCGUGAUUAUACAGCAAAUGAGGGUUGGGAAACUUUUCUUUCAUAUGAAGAUACACGCCAGGAUAUUCUUGUUGGGUUACUGCGCUUGCGAAAAUGUGGCCGGAACACGACUUGCCCAGAACUUAUUGGGAAAUGUUCUAUUGUUCGUGAACUCCAUGUUUAUGGGACUGCAGUUCCAGUUCAUGGGCGGGAUGCUGAUAAGCUGCAACACCAGGGUUAUGGAACUCUGCUGAUGGAGGAGGCAGAGCGGAUUGCUCGUAGGGAGCAUAGGUCAACAAAGAUGGCUGUUAUUUCAGGAGUCGGAACGCGUCACUACUAUAGGAAAUUGGGAUAUGAGCUCGAAGGUCCUUACAUGGUGAAGUACCUUGUGUAAGAAAAAGCUUGAUGUUCAACACAGUUUUGUAAUCCAUGUUUUGGAGUUGAGAGUUUUCUGACAUGUAACAUAACAAUAAUUAUAUAUUAGUAGUAUAUAGUGGUUUUGUUUGUGCCAUUUUCUUUCUUAUUUCUUACCUAAUGACUACCUAGGAUUCAAAUUGCGUUUGACUUUGCGAACUUUGUAAAAGAUUAAGAAAACUGUUGCCAUUGCUAUUGUACAUUUAUUUAAAUUUUGAAGAAGGUCAAUAAUCUAGAAAAGUAAAAGUUUUGGUUUAUUAGUA